GCGGCAAACUUCGAGGGCAUGGCCGGGCUCAACGGCGGGCUCCAUGGGCGACCGCGGGCGGGCGGCGGCUGCAAUGGCGUCUACAGCGGCGCCUACCGCGGCGCCGACGGCCGCGCCGACUACGGCCGCGCCGACGGCAUCACCGAUGGCUGCGCACACGACAUCAUCGACAGCGGCGACGGCACCGACAGCGGCGCCGCCGGAGCCAACAG